UCAAUAUAAGGUGCCGUAGGUGCAGCAGGAUUCACUCUCAAUCAAUUCUCACAGCGAAGUGAGAACGGCGUGUUUAAGCUGCACCGCUGUACUUACGGCUCGUUCUCUCACACCUGCUGCACGAGUCUCUCUUUCUAAACUGCCAUCUGUUCCUGGAUCAAGAAGCCACUGACACACCUGCAUACCCCAGCUACAAGUAGCACCCACCUUACCCUUUCUCCUCCCCCCAGAGAAGAAACUUGCAAGCAUGUGGCUUCUGGAGAAGUUCCGAGGUUCAUCAGAUAACAGCUCUUCUCGGCAAGGAGAAUCCACAGAUAAAUCUGGUAAAGCACCGGGAUACAGCAAUGUUCUGACACCCGCCAAAAUUCCUGAUUUCUUCAUUCCCCCCAAGUUAUCCUGCUGCCCUCCCGAGGUCGAGACACCAGAAGUAAAGCCCAAAUCAACCCUGAAAUCUUCCAGUUCAGAGCAAAGUGUUAGCACUAAGAAACCAAUGGGCAGCCCCCGCUUGAUGAGUAGGCUGGCAGGAGAUAGCAAGAACCUCCUCAAAGCUGCUAACCGGCAUAUCAUCCAGAUCGAGAGUGCUGACGACUUGGUGACCUGUGAUGUGGGUGAUCUCAACACCAAUGCAGACCCGCAGUCCCAGACUGCCAUGUCCUUACCCUACGUUCCCAAGACACAAACGUCUUAUGGCUUUGCCACGCUUAUGGAAAGCCCACACACCCGUAGGAAGGAAUCCUUGUUCCACAAUGAUCACACAAGCCCCUCAACAUCUCCCAGUUCCCAAAGGAAGAAGGGAGGAGGCAAAGUCAAUGGUGACACGGCGCUCCUCAACCCUAACGAAUUCAACAUGUCUGUGGUCAAUCCUUAUCGCUAUUUCAGCGGAGGGGAAAGUGACACUUGUUCCUCGGCUGAAUCCUCUCCUUUCAACUCACCCCUGCUCUCUCGGUCAGCCUCUCUGCUCAAGAUCUUCACACAUGAAACUCAGUCCAAAAUGAACAAAGCCAAGCAUUCAUUUGCCCGGCACAGCUCCCUUUCCACAGAUGAAUGCAGCUCUGCAGAUACCAGUCCAAAUGUGCCCCGGAGGAUGAGGUGCCCCACUCCCCCACCCACAGGAGGUGGUACCGGAGCUUCAGAUCACCAUCACUACCAGGAACGCCUUCAUAAAGAUCUCACCAUCAGCCUCCAUAAAAGGGGUACUGUUCGCCUGUCUGCAGAAUACGAUGCUAGCAACGCAAGGCUUAAGAUUCGGGUGAUCACAGCCGAGAACCUCUACGACAAACAUUUCGAAAUGAAAAGCAUCAACUGCUGUGUUUCCCUCUAUCUCAACCCUGGCAAGAUGCAAAAACAGAGAAGCACUAUUAUCAAGAACAGUCGGCACCCCAUUUUCAAUGAGGAUUUUUUCUUUGAUGGUAUCCCACCUGUGCAAGCCAAGAAACUUUCAGUCAAGUUAAAAGUGGUCAAUAAGGGUACCAGCCUUAAGCGGGACACACUGCUGGGUGAACGAGAGGUCCCCUUGAACAAGCUAGUGACGGGCUUGUAGAAAAUGGAAAUCCGAUCAAGGGAAUGUAUUGCUUUGGUCGGCCUUACCUCACACGCAGCAGACGAUGGUACCGUGUUAUCCAGGGUUUGCUAACAAACUUCCAUGUGUUUUUUUAAUAUAUAUAUACCUGUAUAUAUAUCAAAUUAAUGAGAGGUUUAUUGCUGCGGAGUAACUGUUUGUUUCUCGAGUUGGAGAAUCUCGUGGCAGAGACCCCAUUAAUGGCAUAAUGCUGCCUCCAGGGCUAACCAUCGAAAAAAGAGCCUUUAGAUUUACAGGACUUUGCUAUUUCUAGUGACAUUUCUUAUGUUACUCCAAGAUAAAGCGUGGAUUCCUCAAAGAAAUCUGUCUUGCUUUCCUUUUCAUCCAAAUGCUACCAAAAAAAUUUAACUGGAUCAAACAAGAAGAUUAGAAAAAUCUUUAUGUACAUUUCUCUUUAAAUUGUUGUUUACAGUUUUCCUACAGUUUAAGAAAAAAGGAAACUUUCAACAGAAUGGCAGUGAGAUGGUCACAUUUUGUGACUAGGAGAAUACCUCCUGUAUGGGGUCGUCACCGAUUUGAUUGAUUUAUUCAUUUUUUGUUCCCGAUGGUGUGGUGCUCUUUAAGUGAAAUGCUAAAGAAGGAACGGAUGCCAGGGUGGGAGUCCAUACAGACUCCGAUGCCAGCCAGGGCUCCGGCAAUCUGCUAGCUGUUCCAAAGCCUGUCUGUUACAAUGUGGCAUCCCAGCCCAGUAACAUUAUGCUCUUGUAAAUAUGCAAUUUGAAAGCUGUGUGAGCAUGUGUCUCAGAGCAAAACUCCUGCCUCAUGACUCUCAGGGUCCUGAAUUAAAUUCCAGGAUGAAGGAGGGUCUUCUAGGUGGACGGCAUGCUUAAAUAUUUUCUCUGUUGGCUUUCUCCAGGGACUGUGCUUUUUUAUUCCCACAGUACAAAGACACAUUUCCUAAACUGUUUGUCGAGUCUGUGCACAUCCAGUCUGGGAUGUCCUGUUCCCCGGAUAGGAUGGGUUUGCAUUGUCCCUCUCUUUGUUUUGCACAAAUUGCCCAUUUUCAUCCUAAUGCUCUGGUGUUCCAAGUAAAGAUCCUAGCGUGAAUCCCUUUAGCUCUGCUGUUGUUUCCUAUAAAUAUUCCCUGCAAAAGCUGUCCGUUGGUAAAGCAUGAAUGUCAUGGUGAUACUUUCUUUUUUAAUUUUUGAAACAAAGAGAACAGGGGAACAUUUUUGACUUUGUUAAAUAUCAAUCUGUUGCAUCCUUUAUUUGAUUAAAAUGUUUGCAGAUAUGCACUAAGUGAUUAGAUACUAAGAAAUGACUCAAAUGGCAAAUAUACACUGAGUAGCCAAUUAAGAAAUAUGACCCCUUAGUUUGACUAGCGGCUCAUGUCUUCAGGUUGUGCAAAUCAGCCUUUAGACACCUAAUGGAAUAAUAUCUAAGCUUGUUAAGUGUGCAUUUGCCUUGAGGAAUAGAAACAUUCUGUGAUACGAGUGACUGUAAACAUGAUGAGAUAGCUGACACAACACGUGCAGGUGGGACCAUGUAAGACACAGCCAGCUCUUCUGCCAUAAGGUGCAGUUUGAUCAGCCAGCAUUGCAGCAGCAAUUAUCAGGAGACAGAAGUGAGAAGUCAAGCAAAAUGACACCUUUUAUUGACUAACUACAAAGAUUACAAUAUAUAAGCUUUCGACCCCUGAGUUACUUUGAACGGUUGCAUAUUGUAAUCUUUUUAGUUAGCCAAUAAAAUGCAUCAUUUUACUUGACUUCUCACUUCAUCCAUAAUGGCUAACCCGGUACAACACCCUAGUACUAGGAGACAGAAUCAAAUCCAAGAUCUUGCAACAGUCAAAACCAAGUAAGCAAAAGAUCAAGAGACUAUAACCAAUAAGUAAAUCCAACAGAACCUAGCCAGAACAUCAAAUUCAAAAUUUAUAUUUUAAUCAUUUUAAUUUUCACAAAUCUCAUCUAAUUUUUAAAAAUGUUUCUCCUGGUAAGGUUCACAGUGGCAGGCAACAGGUCAACUCAGACUUCCCUCUCCCCAGCUGUAGAUUCCAGCUCUUCCUAGUGAAUUCCCAGGCAUUCCCAAAACAAAUGAGAGAUGGGAACCCUUCAGCAUGUCCUGGUUCUGCCGUAGGGUCUCUGCCCAGUGAGAUGUACCUGGAGCAGUUGUAGUGGGAGCCACCUGGGGGUGGCAUUUUAACGACAUGCCAAAACUAACUCUUGAUCCAGAGGUAUUAUAGAUAGAUAGAUAGAUGUGAAAGGCACUAUAUAA